UUUGACUUCCUGCUCUCUGGUCGUCCUUCCCCCCUCGGUGGAUCAAUACAGUUCCAUCUUCUUCUUCUUCUUCUUCUUCCUGCAGUCUGAUGUUCAGCCACAGGCCUCGCUCCUGGAGGGAACUUCCUCUGAGGUUUGCAGAUUUCGGGGUCCUCCACAGGAACGAGCUGUCGGGAACACUGACCGGUUUAACCCGAGUGAGGCGCUUCCAGCAGGACGACGCUCACAUCUUCUGCACCAUGGAGCAGAUCGAGUCGGAGAUGAAGGGCUGUCUGGAUUUCCUCCGCUGCGUCUACAACGUGUUCGGAUUCUCCUUCCAGCUGCACCUGUCCACGCGCCCAGAGAAAUAUCUGGGAGACAUCGCUGUGUGGAACCAGGCGGAGAAGCAACUGGAGAACAGCCUGAAUGAGUUUGGGGAGCCAUGGAAACUGAACCCUGGAGACGGAGCUUUUUAUGGACCUAAGAUUGACAUUAAGAUCAAAGAUGCGAUUGGACGUUACCAUCAGUGUGCGACCAUUCAACUGGACUUCCAGCUGCCAAUCCGCCUCAACCUGACCUUUGUGGGGACGGACGGAGACGAUAAAGCCCGACCGGUCAUCAUCCAUCGGGCCAUCUUAGGCUCGGUGGAGCGGAUGAUCGCCAUCCUCACUGAGAACUACGCAGGGAAAUGGUGAGG